GGAUGUGGAUGAGGCUGCAAAAGGCAAUGAUAUCGUCGGAGGACAAAUUGAAAUACAAGAUGCGGAAAAUAUCGUCCAGCCGCCGACGAGCGAAGGCCGGAAGUAUGGUGCCACGUCCGAACAAGACGAGCAACAGGAUCAGGUACAACGAACACAUAAGUUUAGCUCGAGCUGCCACCUCCUUCUGAAGUCGUAUUUCGUGUUGGCACGCAAAUAACCUGCGAAUGGAAUCCGUAAGUGAAAUCAAAUCUAGAAACAAGCCUAUACACAAGAUCAAGAUCAUGAAUGUCAAGGUCAACUCAUGAAAAUAUAAAAUAAUUCGACUUAUGAUGACGCCAUGGCAACGAUAACGAUUAACUCUGAUGUCUAAGACUAGGCCUAAAGGCAGAGCGAGCCAUCGUGUAUAGCAUUACGCAGCACGAUGGUGCAGUGAGAAAGGUGUAAGUGAUACUGACUGCAGCAGCCGCGACGCUCUCAGAGUCACGCAUGUCCGGCAAACUAAAGGACGUGUCUGCAGGGAUAUUUAAUUUAUUCUGUUUCUGGAUGAGCGCGACCGCGAGCGCGCACAUCAACAAUUGUCCUUUCUUUGCCUUGCUUCUCUCGCGCCGUCACUCAGGGAUCCUCUGCCAUCAACCGAGCGACAUGAUCGACGAUGGCUGCCUCAGGUCGACUUUUAAGAUUUUUCCAAGGCCGGGCUUGUCUCGGCUCGUGGCGGAGGCCGGGCCGGAGGCCGUCAUUCUUUCGGACUCCUCAAGCUGCAGGGCAUUGAUUGUGCCUGAGAGGCAUCAUUUUAAUUUUUUGAAGGCCGUUCGCUUUGAUCGUUUCCGAAUUUCUUGCGUUCUGGUGCCUUGAAUUGGGAUGCCCUGGCGCCAGCAGUCCGGAGUUGUUGUAUACGAGGCUUUUUGAAUAUUUUUUUCAAUCUUCAAUGAUAAUUUUUCCAACCAUGAAUCCAUUUGAAUUUUGCAGGCACCAGGAUCACAAUCAGCUGUACCUCGAUCACCAAUAGCCGCACCGAGAAAAAGAGAAGUGAGCGACAUAGUUCCACCACCAGUAUCAGUGGCCACCAGAGCCUCCUGCAUUGAGGAGUUUGACCGUCUUGGGUUGCAGCUGCAGAAGUUAUGGGAGCAGGUGCGUUCUUUUAGCGGAAAAAAAGCACCAUCUGCAUCUGCGGCAGACUCCCCGGGAGCAGCACCCGAAGAGCUGGACGCCAGCUGGGCGCAUGUUUUUGCGGGUCUGCAGAAUCUAUUUCACGAACUGAACCAGGAGAAUCGCGCCCUUCGUCACAACCUGCAGAACGCCGAAGAGUACCAUGAAAC